CACUAAAUAAUCUUAAAAACAACCCAAGAGCUGAAAAAAUUGUCAUUUAAUAACCGUACACAAGCCUUUUUGUUUGCUAACAUGAGUGGAUUCGCUGGGCCUAUAACCCGUCUAGCUGGGAAAAUCGCAAUUGUGACAGCUUCAACCGAUGGUAUUGGCUUUGCCAUUGCCCAGCGUUUGGCCCGAGAGGGGGCCAAAGUGAUCGUCAGCAGCCGCAAGCAAAACAACGUUGACGAAGCUGUCUCACGGCUCAAGUCGGAGGGCUUGGACGUCACUGGCUUAAUGUGUCAUGUCUCGAAAGCCGACCACCGUAAGAAGCUGUUCGAUACUGCGAAAAAACUUGGAGGGCUUGAUAUUCUCGUGUCCAAUGCUGCGGUUAAUCCAUCGGUGGCCCCAGUUUUGGAUUGCGAUGAAUCGUCCUGGGAUAAAAUAUUUGAGGUCAAUGUGAAAGCGGCGUUUUUGUUGGCCCAAGAGGCCUUGCCUUUGUUGCGUGAAAGACCGUUUGGGAGGAUUAUUUUUGUUGCGUCCAUUGCUGGGUUCCAUCCGUUUGAAUUACUAGGGGCUUAUUCGGUCAGCAAGACCGCUCUGUUUGGGCUCACUAAAGCGGCAGCUUCGCAAUUAGCAAGGGAGAAUAUUACAGUUAAUUGUAUUGCUCCCGGAAUAAUCCAAACCAAAUUUUCAAGCGCUUUGACUGAAACCGAAGCCGCACGAGAAGAAGCCUUGUCUAGGAUCCCAAUGAACAGGUUGGGGGUCCCCCACGACAUCAGUGGAGCCGCUGCUUACCUGGCAUCAGAAGACGCUAGUUACAUGACUGGAGAAACGCUAAUUGUAGCUGGAGGAAUGCCUUCAAGACUGUAAUUUGUUAUUUUGCAAAUAAAUUUUGAACCUUCAAAAAAAC